UGUGUGCCUUCUGCACGUUGAAAGACUUAUACAGCUACUAUAUUCAUAGACUGAAAGAGCCCGGCAUUUUAAGGAACGACAACAAAUGCAAGAAGACGAACUGGCGAAGGAAAUGGCAAGACUGAAGUGGAUGCAGACAAGAGAUGAGAAGUUUAGGCAACAUAUAAGAGAGAAUAGUGUUGAGUUGAGAGAGCUUGAAGCUAAACUUCGUGCUGGUUACAUGAAUAGAGAGAGAGCUGCUCAACUUGCAGAAAAGCAGGCUCUGAUUGAGGCAAUAAAGUCAGAUGAUGCAUAUAUGACUGCUCGAAUGAAGGAAGAAUAUGAUAGAGCCACUGCAGCUGAACUGGAGCAAGACAGGAAAAAAUGGGAAGAAAGUGUUCAGUAUCACCGCGAGCUUGAGAAGCAACUGGAUGAGCAAGAGCAAAAGAAGCAAAAGGCUUAUGAGGAAUUUCUGAAGGAGAAACUGAUGAUUGAUGAGAUUGUGAGAAAAAUAUAUGAGGAGGAUAAGAGAGAAAUAGAACGUCGUCUUGAACAGCAACAUGCCACACAGCAGUAUGUUCAAGAGUUUCUAGCAAAGCGAGAAGGGUGGAAGAAAUUGGAAAAAGAACAGAUGGAGGAAGAGAAUGCUCGAAUAUUGGAGUUUGCAAAGCAACAGCAGGCCAGAGAAGAAGAGAGACAGAUGAAAAUGAAAGAGCGGGAGGAGGCAAAGGCUGCUGUGCAAAAGAAACUUGGUGAUCAGAUUGCUAGACAACAACAAGAAGAAGAAGAAAUGGAACAAAUCAGGAAUGAUUUGUACAUGGAGCAGCAAGAACAAAUAGAAAGGCAGAAAGAACGUGAUGAUUUAGAGAAGCAGCUACGCCGACGAAUUGAAUUGCAAGCAGCCCAUGCCCUCCAAAUGCAACUGAAAGCUGAAAGAGAACAAGCGCAGCAUGCUGAGGAGGAACACUUCCGUGAAGAAAUGAUGGCAAAGUUUGCAGAAGAUGAUCGGCUGGAGCAAAUGAAUGCUCAAAAGAGGCGGAUGAAACAACUGGAACACCGUCGUGCAGUUGAGAGAUUGAUUGAGGAUAGACGAAGACAAUUCCAAAUGGAGAAAGAGGCGGAAAUUAAAGCUAGACAAGAAGAAGAAAGACUUGAAGAGCUAAGGAAAGAGAUAAUUGAACAAGAAAGACAGAAGAUGUUGAAAGAACAUGCCACUCACUUGUUGGGCUAUUUACCCAAGGGUGUUUUGCGAGAUGAGCAAGAAGUGGGCAUGUUGGGCACUGAUUUUCAGCGAGUGUAUCAGGAAUCAAAACGAACUGAUCCUUUUUCAGAUGAAAGCUGGAUGAUGUGAAGUGAGAGUAACGUACUCUACCGUUGUAACUCUGCUAUGAGACUCUACUGUACUAGUACUCAAUUGUAGUAUCACAUCUUGUAGAUACUACUGUAUAGUUGCCACUUAUCACUGUCAUCAAUUGUGACAAGCAUUUAGCUCAUGAAACAAAUUGACUAUACUAGCUUUGACAUCUA